GUAAUCUCACUACUGAAGAGCACAGACACAGAUGAACCCCGGCAGGAAUGUGAUCGCACAGUGAUUUCUUUGAGGACUUGUGUGUGUGUUGUAUAUGCAUGUAUGCGCAUAUCAGAGACAAAAAAAUGCGCUGCGCUGGCGCCUCCUAUCGACAGUUAUGGGCCACUGCCGGCGCACAGAGCUGCAGAAAGAGAGGGGCAUUCUCAGAUUUCCCGAUUUCUCCGAGCCGCUGUGCUGCCUCCACAUCACGGCCGACAGCAAAGCGAGACGACGACGACGAGGACGACAUGCGCCCAGCGUGCUUCAACCCUGCAGUCACUGCAGCCGUCCUGCACUGUCCCAAAUUCACCUAGACUCAGACAAGGUCAGGAGAUUCUAUCCUGAGGGAAUGGUGUUGCUGAGAUGACCUGUGUGACCUUACUUUCCUCAAGAGAUCAUUCUCCAAUCAAAAGAACGGUGCAAAAUCAAGCCAGGACAUGGUUGGCAGGUUCACAUGAUGGACAGGUGAUGGAGUCUUCCAUCAUCUUUCUCCACCAGUGAUCUGACCCUGCUAGCCCUCCCUUUGAGGCGUGUGUACCAGCGGUCCAAGGCCCUCUAUUUCUCUGCCAUGGUGACAUAAGCAGUGCUGCAAUAUGAGGGAGAGCCAACGUGAGACCGUCUCAUUUCUUUCUCCAGUAGCUGCUUCAGCUGCUACCUUAACGCCGUUUGUAUUUACCUCCAUAGCGAGACUGACUUUGUUGUGAAUAAUCCCUGCUCACCGUUUUCUACCCACACUGAGAGAGAGAGACUGUCCCCAAAGGAGUGUUGCUGGGCCUGUGGGGCGGAGUGGCGUGACACGAGACGAUGCUGGGAUGCAUGACUCGCCUCCGUCGGCUGGUCCGUCUCCUCCCCCUGCAGACCUCACUCCUCCUCCUCUUCAUCUUCUGCACCGUCAGUGUCUUCAUCUCCGCCUACUUCCUGUAUGGCGUCAAGCGGGACCUGGAGCCGUCGGGAGGGGGUGUUUCCGGGGCAGAGGGAGCAUCCGCCGACUCCGAUGACCCGAGGGUCACUCCAUCCCGGCUGCUGCCCUUGCGGAGCGUCUCGGGCGGCCCCGGGGUGGAUCCUGGAGGGGCCAGGACAGAUCCUGUGGUUCUGGUGUUUGUGGAAAGCCAGUAUUCUCAACUGGGUCAGGAGAUUGUGGCCAUAUUGGAGUCUGGCCGGUUCCGCUAUCGGACUGAGAUCUCUCCCGGUAAAGGGGACAUGCCCACAUUGACAGACAAAGAGAGAGGGCGUUUCACACUGGUGAUUUAUGAGAACAUUCUCAAGUAUGUUAACCUGGACGCCUGGAACCGAGAGCUGCUGGACAAAUACUGUGUGGAAUAUGGAGUGGGCAUCAUUGGCUUCUUCAAGGCCAAUGAAAACAGUCUGUUCAGUGCACAGCUGAAAGGCUUCCCCCUUUUCCUCCACUCGAACUUGGGUCUGAAGGACUGCACGGUCAACCCCAAGUCCCCCCUGCUCUUUAUCACUCGAUCUGGGCAGCCCCUGCCAGGUCCUCUGCCUGGGGAUGACUGGACUGUUUUCCAGUCCAACCACUCUACAUAUGAGCCUGUGUUGCUGGCCAAGACCCAAUCAGCUGAAAGCAUUGCAUCGAUGGGGCAGAAUGCUGCUCUACUCCCGUCAGUGGUGCAGGACUUAGGGCUCCAUGACGGUAUUCAGAGGGUCCUGUUCGGGAAUAAUCUGGUCUUCUGGCUGCACAAACUGGUGUUUGUGGAUGCUGUGGCCUUUCUGACGGGGAAGAGGCUCUCGUUGUCCCUGGAGCGCUACAUACUGGUGGAUAUAGAUGACAUCUUUGUGGGCAAGGAGGGCACCCGCAUGAAGGUUCCUGAUGUAAAGGCCCUGCUGGAGACACAGAGGGAGCUGCGAACCCAUGUGCCCAACUUCACCUUCAAUCUGGGCUUCUCAGGGAAAUUCUUUCACGCUGGAUCUGAUGAGGAGGACCUGGGAGAUGACCUGCUGCUUUCCUAUGUGAAGGAGUUCUGGUGGUUCCCUCACAUGUGGAGCCACAUGCAGCCCCAUCUAUUCCACAAUCAGUCCGUGCUGGCUGAGCAGAUGUUGCUCAACAAGAAAUUUGCCAUGGAGCAUGGGAUCCCCACUAACAUGGGCUAUGCGGUGGCACCCCACCACUCAGGUGUCUACCCUGUCCACAUACAGCUGUAUGACGCCUGGAAGAAAGUGUGGGGCAUCAAGGUGACCAGCACAGAGGAGUACCCACACCUAAAGCCUGCCCGCUUCCGGCGAGGUUUCAUCCACAGCGGCAUUAGCGUGCUGCCCAGGCAGACGUGUGGUCUCUUCACACACACCAUCUUCUAUAAAGACUACCCUGGCAGUCCUAAUGAACUGGACAAGCUCAUCAAUGGAGGAGAACUCUUCCUCACUGUUCUACUGAACCCUAUUAGUAUCUUCAUGACCCAUUUGUCCAACUACGGGAACGAUCGCCUCGGCCUGUACACCUUUAAAAGUCUGGUGAUGUUCGUCCAGACGUGGACCAACCUGAAGAUGCAGACUCUGCCGCCUGUGCAGCUGGCCCAGAAAUAUUUCAGCCUGUUCCCUUCUGAGAGAGAUCCACUCUGGCAGGAUCCUUGUGAGGACAAAAGGCACAAGGACAUCUGGUCCAAAGAGAAAACAUGUGACCGCUUCCCCAAACUGCUCGUCAUCGGGCCUCAGAAGACAGGCACUACAGCACUCUACCUGUUUCUUGGCAUGCACCCUGAUCUGACCAGUAACUACCCCAGUAAGGAGACAUUUGAGGAGAUCCAGUUCUUCAAUGGGCACAACUACCACAGAGGCAUCGACUGGUAUAUGGAGUACUUCCCUCUGCCCUCCAACACCAGUUCAGACUACUACUUUGAGAAGAGUGCCAACUACUUCGACUCUGAGGUGGCUGCUCAGAGGGCUGCGGCUCUCCUGCCCAAAGCAAAAAUCAUCACCAUCCUCAUCAACCCAGCUGACAGAGCUUACUCUUGGUACCAGCACCAAAGAGCCCAUGAUGACCCGGUGGCGUUGAAAUACUCCUUCCAUGAUGUCAUCACCGCAGGCCACGAGGCACCAGUCAAACUACGGGUUCUCCAGAAUCGCUGUCUGGUGCCAGGCUGGUACGCCAUUCACCUGGAGCGCUGGCUCAACUACUACCACUCCAGCCAGCUGUUAGUCCUGGAUGGACAGAUGCUAAAGACCGAGCCUGCCUCAGUCAUGGAUAAAAUCCAGAAGUUUUUAAGCCUGGCCAACGUCAUCAACUACCACAAGAUUCUAGCGUUUGACCCUAAGAAAGGCUUCUGGUGUCAGCUGCUGGAGGGGGGAAAGACAAAAUGUUUGGGAAAGAGUAAAGGACGCAGGUACCCUGAUAUGGACCCUGAGUCCCAGGCGUCCCUCAGGGAGUACUAUAGGGAUCACAACAUUGAGCUGUCCAAGCUGCUCUACCGGAUGGGUCAGCCAUUGCCCAGCUGGCUAAGAGAAGAGCUGGUCCACACCAGGUAGCAACACCACCAGAAGAGACCACAGCUCCACACACUGAACCACUGCUCGACCCUGCAGGGGGAGAGGGGGGAGACACUGGCCGAGUGUCCAAUGUUGAAGAUUCCAAAUGGUUUUUGAAAGUGGACAAAAUAUAUUUGGAUUUGAGGAUAGGAUGCCCAGCUGCAUCUCAAAACUUACUGUGAUCUUCUGGAUGGUAAGCAAGAGGAGAGCAUCAGUGCUAACUAGUUAGCACAGCUGCCAUCAGCAGCUAAUAGCGCUCCCCUCUCUCCCCUGAGCUUCGAGAUGUCCUCCUGCAGGACUAAACGGGAACAUGGGAGCCCUAACGAUGGCCUCCACUGUGUCCUGAAGAAGAAGGGAAGGCUCAGUGACGUACAGCAGGGACCGUCAGUGUUUAAUAAUCACAUCCCUGCUCUCCUUAAGCAAACCUUCUCUUUGCCACAUGAUCUUCAUCUUGAAAAUCAAAGGAAGGAAAAAGCCUGAAGGCCGCCACAGUUUCAUCUCUGGAAAACAGGUGGAAGAAUUGAUCACACAGCUAUGAGUUGUGGUGUUUGGAGCACAUUAAAAACAGGCAACGUAACAUUGACUGUAAUAGUUAACAGACUGACUGACAGAGAGACAUUUGUUGCAAAUGCCUGUGAUAAGUGAAGUUUGUAUGUGAGGAAAACGGGACAUCUGGAGUCUUGACUCAGGCUGCAUGUUGUAGCCUUAUUUGAUAGGCCUUGGUAGAAUCUAGUUAUCGCAUUUACAGGAUGUGUCAGGACAGAAUCUUUAAAAUAUUACCACAUGGACUUUUUUUGAGGGUUUUGUUUUUUUAUUUUUAAAGAUUUUAUUUUUUGUUUUUUCCUUUACACAGAUUUUGUUUUAACAUUUUUUUAUAAUGCUGUCGGCAAUGCAUUAUUGUAGAAUGUACCAAAACUAAACAUUUUAGCUCAGUUUCCUCCUACAGGGCAGAUGUACAGGACAGUAGUCUGGUUUGCUGAAGUUUUCAGCUCAGCUUUCUCUUUUAGUCAGUUCAGACCAAGUGAAUUGGCUAAAGCAGGAACAGAAGGAUAGAUGUUGAAAGCACAAUAUUUAAAGGCACUCAAGUGAACAUCGAAUCUGGACAUACAGGUUACUGGAAAGCACACUAAUAAAAAGGAUCCUACUACAAUCUGUGAAGAAGAUCAUAAGCUAGCUACUGUAUGUUAAUUAAGACUAUAUGGUCCGAGAGAUUCAGAUAGUGUACAGAACAAGACUGUGCAUUUCAAUUCAGUUCAGAUUGGGUUUGUUUUUUUGUCAAAACUGUAUAUUUUGUAUUAUAUUUUGUUUCAUUUCAUUUAGUAAAUGAGUUUGGGGGAUAAAAAAGCUGUCUCUGGGAAAAACGUGUAAAGUUGCCAGGCGAACCAACAGUAUGCCCAGUGAGACCAUACAGACAUUUGGUUGUGGGUCGAGGUGUUACCACUGCGACUAGAUGUCAAGCAUAGAUAACAAGAAGCUGCUCUUAUUGCAAUAGUUUUGUACAAUGUUCUGAUGUAAUAACAAUGCACAUGGUGGUCCUUUUAUUUCCUGACUUUGUAAUGUACAUAAUACGCAACCCUUGGUAGACCUAAAUUAUUGAAUGUGUUUGGGUUUACACUCUCCAUCAGCCCAUUCCCAUAGUGUGAGAUGUCAGCGCUGAAGGGAGUUUGGUUGAACGCGUUGUACAGAGGCGCGUCGAUAAGAUUGUUUCCUCUCAUGUCCUCUCACUGCCAACUAUUGUACAGAGGUACUGAGUCUCACCAUAUAAAGUAUUAAGUGAUAACACAUAACAGCAACGAUGGUACUAAUCUCCUGGACUGUAUGAUAAAGAUUUGUAAUUGUUGUCAAUAAUUUUUACAGUGUAACUAAUAUUGUCAGUGCUUUUUAAUUUGCAAAUAAAACACCACUGUAUUUU